AUGGUUGCCAACAAGAUAAGAGAGCUGAUCUCGGCCACUCGACGGUCUGCCCGCAAUGUGCGGCAGACGCUGGACGAGAUCGCUGAGCAGUUGAUAGCCAACCAGCGGCAGCGGCAACUGGAAGUCCAGCUGGAACGGGUUCCGGUGCGCAGCCCGGCCAGAUCGCAUCCCUUGGCAAAUCGCGGUCUCCAGGGCCCCCGGUACGGGGCUGUUGGGCUUUCCAAACGAUUCUAUUCCACCUCGCGCAGAGCGCCCACAUAUAUCCGGUCUGCCACCCGGUCCUCUGUUUCCUCUGUCACAAAGAACAUUGUGUACCAGGUGCAGCCAUUCCGAAUUUCAGCCAGAGUCGGCUGCAACUUUGUCGGAUCGUCACUAUAUUCCCAUUUCCCUCGCCACAAUGCAAGGAUGUUCUCCACCUACGGUCAGUCGGUGGCUGCGCAGGCCACUCAUAACUUGACCCAGGGACUGCGUGCUACGCUAUUGAAAGGCCAUCAGCUACAGAGCCAGUUGAUGAGUGCAAACUACAACUCGUCGCAAAAUGUUAACAAGGCAUUUGUGGACGAGAACAUGGAGCUGGCCAGAGGCGAGAGCACUGCUGACGGCUGUGUUGUUGAGUUCAAUCUGUCGUUGCAAGACCAAGUGUUGCCAGAGAAGUUCCUUUUGGAUGAUGACAUUCUGAAACAGUUUGAACAAGCGUAUGUUGUGAACGAGCUGGAACACCGUAUGUUGAUCCUGAACGAUUUCAAGAGACUAAAAGAAAUCAUUGGCGCUACGGUCAUCGAACAUCUGGACAACAAGAACGUGAUCCGAUGUCACUUCCCGAACUGCGAGGUAGCGAAGAUGGAAACGAUGCUGGCAGAGUCAGGGAUCACCACGGGCGUGGUGCGGACCCUGGAGAGCCGUGCGUCGUCGAUUGCAAGCGCAACAGAUUCCGAAGAGUACGGUAUGAUCGACUCUUACGAUACAACAGACUACGAGACGUUUGAUGCGGUGCUCACCAGCCGGUCGUCAGAGUCCGAGGAAAGCGACGCGCUUUUCUACUUUGACGAACACCCAGUUUUGUCCUCGAGCGACGGACUAGAGUUUGUGGAACCUGUGAUCAACGUGCACGAGGUUUACAGCGAUAUGGAUGCAAUUAUUAUGGUUAAUGACAGAGCUACAUAG